UCCCCACAACCCCCCUCAUUGCUGGCUAUAUAUAUAUCCUGUCGUGGUGGCCGUUUGUUGCUGUUAAGUUCAGUCAGGCCAAGACUCUAGGAAAAAAGAACGACCGCCCCCCCAGAACGACACGAUGAAUUGCCCAUCCCGUACAGACGAGGACCUAGUCCAUCCAGACUGGAACCAAAAUCCUCCCUUUUUACCCUCUGACUUGACCAAGAGAGAAGACCUCAAUGGUCGUGUCAACGAUAGGCAGCAUCGGGGCGGGCGAGACUUGUCGUCUUCGUCGCUUGCCUGUCCUGGAGGAGCGUUUGAGUCGUACGAGGCGACUGUUGACACCACGCCGUCACCGGCCAACUCCCCCUUAGCAGAUGCAAAACUCGCUCGCUAUCGAGAAGGUAAGUUGUUCUUACCAUGUAGUUAGUCAAUCAUGGUUCUGUAUUGCGUAGAUAUCGUCUAAUUCUCUCGACAGAAUUUUGCUCUGCUACCAAAGAGACUCCGUCUACUGUCCAUGACUCACCUGCCUGGACCCAUUCUAUUAAGCGGUGGUUCAUACUCUACCAAAGCCAUCUUUGGUGGAUGAUGGCUACCGUUACUACUACACUUGUAGUAUACCGCAUUGCGGCCGUCUUUCGAACUCCAGCCUCUUCGAAACUGCCCAGGCAAAAGGCAAAAAGAAGCUCGACAUGCGAAAGCGGCGGUGUAGAUGGUGCAGAAUAUAACUUACCUCUGCAUGUUAUCGCCCUUUUCAUCAUCUUCUUCGUAUCCUCAUUUGCCUGCGGCUUUCCCAUGCUAGCUCUCAAAUUUCCACGAUUGCACAUCCCGCAGUCCUUCUUAUUCGCUGUCAGGCACUUUGGAACCGGUGUUUUGAUCGCCACCGCGUUUGUCCAUUUGCUGCCCACGGCUUUCACUUCGCUUGGAAAUCCGUGCCUGUCUGGUUUCUGGACGACUGACUAUCCUGCUAUGCCUGGUGCUAUCGCGCUUGCUGCUGUGUUCUUUGUCACAGUUAUAGAAAUGAUAUUCAGCCCUGCUCAGCAUGUAUGUAGCGGCGGCAGGGAUGUAGAAAGAAUCGUCUGUCGUGAGAUGCCAUCAAGUACGCCAAAACCCGCUGGCGAUGACUCAAAAGUUAUGAAUACCCCGGAUGACCUAUCUCGAAGCGUCAGUCGUCACGAAGAGGAGCCCCGGGUAGUAACGGAGGCCGGAGUAAGACGCCAGCUAAGCCAGUCACCUUCACAGCGUGCAGCUGAUGCUGAAGAAGGAACUAGCAGCGCUUUUCUCCCAAUCAUCCUAAGCCCAGAACAAAGGCGCCAAAAGGCGUUCAUGCAAUGUAUUCUUCUUGAGAUUGGAAUCUUGUUCCACAGCGUCUUUAUUGGAAUGGCACUAAGCGUUUCUAUUGGGAGCACAUUCAUUGUCCUCCUGAUUGCAAUUGCCUUUCACCAAAGUUUCGAGGGACUGGCUCUCGGUUCUCGCAUUGCCGCUCUGGAUUGGGAACAGGGUGCUAUACAACCCUGGCUCAUGGCUAUGGCCUAUGGCUGCACGACCCCAAUCGGUCAAGCUAUUGGUUUGGCUACCCAUACAUUGUACUCCCCUGACUCUGAGGUUGGCCUGAUCAUGGUUGGCACUAUGAAUGCCAUAUCUUCAGGACUUCUCGUAUAUGCCUCCCUGAUUGAGCUCUUAGCCGAGGAUUUCCUCAGCGAUGAGAGCUGGCGUAUUCUUCGCGGAAAACGCCGUGUGUAUGCCUGCAUUCUUGUAUUCCUCGGUGCUUUCGGUAUGAGUUUGGUCGGAGCUUGGGCCUAAGCAUCUUUCACCGUCCCGUAGCUAGAAUAUAGCAAUCGCAUCUAGACUUCCUUUUCCUGUUAUAACGUUAAAACGCUCAAUCCACAUGUGUCGUCCUCGUGCUACGUUUAAGUGAAUACCCGCGGCUGUAAAUUAAGCGCGGUCCACGU